UUCGUGGGCUCUGUGGGCGCGCGCGCGCGUGUGUUGUCUUUACUCUCCAUGGAAACGAGAGCCAAUACGGAAGUCUUUCAUCCAGAACCGCUGCAGGUGAACCGAUAGGAUGCCUCGGUUCCAGGAGGUAGCAGCGGGCCAACCUUUGACCCCCGGAGGCAGUGGUCUGGUUGCUAAGCGAUACAGCAUCCUGCAGAGUCUGGGCCGAGGAAGUUUUGGUUCAGUUUUUCUGGUUCAGGACAUCAAAGCUGCAGACGGAGAGAAGCUGAAGGUGUUGAAGCAGAUUCCUCUGGGUGACCUUCGACCUGACGAGACGGUUCGAGCCACUCAGGAGGCCCAGCUGCUGUCUCAGCUGCACCACCCGGCCAUCCUCACCUUCUACCACAGCUUCCUGGAGAAAGAUGCGUUCUGCAUCAUCACCGAGUACUGCCAGGAUCGAGAUCUGGACUGCAAGCUAGAGGAGGUGAGACGAGGUGGGCGGAGCCUCCCCGAAAGCCAGGUCAUCGAUUGGCUCAUCCAGCUUCUGCUCGGCCUUCACUACAUGCAUGACAGGCGGAUCCUCCACCGCGAUCUGAAGGCCAAGAACGUCUUCCUGAAACGAAACCUCGUUAAAAUCGGUGACUUUGGUGUUUCCUGCCUGCUGAUGGGAUCAUGUGACCUGGCGACCACCUUCACGGGGACUCCCUAUUACAUGAGUCCGGAGGUGCUGAACCACCAGGGCUACGACUGCAAAUCGGAUAUCUGGGCUCUGGGCUGCCUCCUGUAUGAGAUGUGCUGCCUGACUCACGCCUUCCAGGGUCCAAACUUCCUGUCUGUGGUGAUGAAGAUCGUGGAGGGAGACACCCCGACGCUGCCCACCGCCUACUCUCCAGAUCUGAACUCUGUCAUGCAGAGGAUGCUGCAGAAACAACCGACAUCCAGGCCGACCGCAGCCGAGAUCCUCAAGAGCAGAUUCAUGGAGGAAAGCAUGCAGAAAAUGAAGGACAGGUUUGUCUUUACCUCAUCAGAAAGAGGAAAAAACGAUGCUGAAGUCAUCGCCAAGCAUGUGAAGAUGAAGGUUCACCUGCAGACUCUGAAGGACAGGUCAGAGGUGGAGAAAAUGACCCCCAGAGAGAGGAUGAGACUUCGCAAACUGCAGGCUGCCGACGAGAAAGCCAGGAGACUCAGGAAACUGGCUGAGGAGAAAUACGAGGAGAUCCACACCCGCCGCAGGGAACUGAGGAGCCGCCAUUUUGAAAAAGUCAGUCUGGAUGUUCUAAAUGAAAGCGGAGAGGGCGGAGCCUGUGAAAGUCUGCCAAUCAGCAGCCGGGAUCACCGGAACGCCGGAGGGUCGCAGCCAAUCCAGGAGCAGCACGAGUCCGAACCGGAACUACACGAGAUCCCCGAGGACCCUCAGGCUGCAGAAGUUUAUUACAACCAGGAUGGAUUUGACUCGUGCUCAGAGGACGACGAGCCAGCAUCACCUGCAGAGACUCUUUACCUGUCUGACCCACAGGUCAGCGAGCUCGAGGCCAUGAUGAAGCACAUGCAGGACGUCCUGGGAGAGGAGCUGAGCGGAGACCCUGCAGAGCCAGAGCUUCCUCAGAGCCCCUCCGAGGCCCCCAAAGAUCAACAGCAGCCUGCGUGAGACCGAAAUCCAGCAGCUGAGAGCGUCUCAGCUCAGCACCCCCCC